CAAUCAUCCAAAACGGUCGUGACGUUGGUACAGAGGAUCCUCCAGAUCCUUAAAUCUCCCGGGGGACCUUUGGCGCCCCCUGACCCCGAUCAUGGAGAAAGGUCGGGGGUCUUUCAGUACUCUCCAGGUGCCUCGUGGGACUUCGGAGAACGCGUGAGUUUUCGAAGGCCCCCUUUGCGCCCUCCUCUCAUCAGGUCGUCCUCUGCAGAUUCCAAAAAGAAUCACCGAGGUCGAGCGGAAGCGACUUCCAGACUUUCACGUUCAAUAUCUUGCAGUCCAGUUCUUGGGCGCGGUUUGAGGCCGGCGUUUCCUAUCUACUCUGACGAAGAAGAAGAAGAAGAAGGAGGCAGUACUCCGAGAUCAAGAUCUCCUUCGCAGCAUCCGAAUAACAGCGAAAAGAAGUCAUCCCAAGUGUCCAAAACAGUGGGCGAGCAUCUAGCAAGAGCUCAGCCUUGGGUCCAGUCUCCAGAAGUUCCUGGAAAGUCUCGUCAGAAUCCCAAAACUUCCAGUGGGACCCCAAGAGACCAAGAAACAAUGGCUCAGGUCAUGGCAUCAGAGGGUGUCAACUUGUACUCCAAUCUGGAAUCACCUCUCAGUUCACCCGCGAGAUCUGACCCUUCCACACCCACUGGGUGUAGGUCGCCCACAGGGUACACGACAUCUGCCCACAAUUCACCCGAAGGCUCUCCUGUGCUCCGAAGGAAGAAGAGGGCCAAGAAGGUUCUGAGUUCUUGCGAGGAAGAAAAAGAAGAAGAAACAAUGACGGGAGAUAAAGUGGCGGAGGUCAGUGUUAAAGGAGGCAAAGGCCGAGUCCUUUGGCGUCCGAGCAGGAGCUUCGAAGCUGGGGCUUCAGAGAGGGCUGUGCCUCCGUGGGCGGAACCGGACGCCCAAGCGCCCCCUCCCCCAAGUAAUUUUUACGCCAGUGCUCCCAGCGCCACCAUGACCACCCACAUACCAGUGAGACCUACUAUGGGAAUGGCCACGGGAGUCCAGGCGGAUCCAAAUCCUACCCAUUUCAAUCGUCCCUCCCCAGGUGCCAGCCCCGUGCCCAUCAGGAAGUGCCUCUUCCGUAUGAAUGCCCCCACCAGGUCCCUCUCCAGCGAGUCUCUCCAUAAAACUUUACCCUGGGUGGCGAAAAGAAGCGAACCACCUCCUCCUCCGGCGGGAGAGGGGCAAGAGACGGAUCGCCUGUGCCCCAUGAUCAUGACAGGAGACUCUCGGUCGCGUCUGGACCAAAUGAGAGGCCGAGCGUCAACGAGGAGCGCGUCAUUACCUCGAGUGGGUGGCGGUGGUGGUGAGUCAGUCCCCUCUCAGACUGUAGCAGGUGGCGUCGGCAACUUACCUGCUGGGCGGGGAAUGCAGGAAGCCCCACCCCAGCCCCGACCUACCCAAUCUGAAACUGCAGGAGGGCGUGGUGCCAGUGAGCCCCAGAACGUGCCCCGCCCUCAGAGUCAUUCCCAGGCCGGUAUCAGAAGUUCUCCUCACAUUGGAGCUGACCCACCAGACCGCGCGGACGUCGGGCAGCACCCACCUGGGAGGAUGGUGAGCGCCAAGCCGACGGCCGAGGCUAAGGCCGCCGCUACUUCUGCCCUUCCCAGCCAGCAGCCUGAGCAAAGCUCUCCAACGCCAUGGCGCAAAAUGAGGCCGGCGGCGGCGCCCACGGAGUCAACGCCACCACCAGAAAAGAGUUCCCCUACACCGUGGAGGAAAAAUGUGAGGAGCCCAGAUACCGGUGCCAAAGCCGCCCCCUCAGUGCAAAAGCAGCAGGAAAGUACGAAGGAUAAUGUUAGUGCCGCGUCUGCCUCUGAAAGCGAUACCGCUGACGCAUCUUCAGCCUCGUCUGCAAAGACACAAGACGCCCCGUGGAGGAGAGCAACCUCCCAUCAAACCCUAUCAGCUGAGUCGAGUUCAAGUCAGUCCGUUUCCUCCGUAACGGAGAGCAAAUCAACGUCCUUCAAACAAACGCAGGUGAUUCAAACCUCCCACAUAUCCGUCGGCGUCAGCAGCGAGGAAGCGAGCAAAAUCACCGCGAGUACACAUGCAAGUGGUGCUCCUACCCCGCCUCCAACGCCUCCUUCGGUGCCGUCUGCCAAGGCCAGAGAACCCCGAACUCAGUCGCCCUCCUUCCACAGGCCUCGUCAUCCGGCUGCUAAACCGAGGUCCAUCUCCAUAGGGGACAUAGAGGCCCAGUACUUGACGCCUAUAGAAGACCAACGCCAUCGCAAAAUGCCGGCCGAAGGAGGAGAAAUUCUGGCUGCCACCGCCCCCGAAGAGGCGAAGCAGCCCGUCAAGAACGACGACGCCCUCUUUGACCCCUGGUGCGAUCCCAAACACCCCAGGGUCAUUAAUUUCCAGGACGUGAGCGCAGCCGCCUUUAAGAUAAAGAGCGGCAUCAUGAACACCCCUUGCACUCUUUCCCACAUGUCGACCUUCACAGAUAUGGAGAUCUACUUCAAGAAGGAGUUUAAUCAGUACACAGGCAGUUUCAAGGAGCGAGGCGCCCGGUACACCUUAUUGAUGCUGACGGAGGAACAGAGGAGAAAGGGCGUCAUAGCAGCCUCAGCCGGGAAUCACGCUCUUGCUCUCUCUUACCACGGCCAGGACCUCGGUAUUCCCGUCACUGUGGUGAUGCCUCUCGUGGCCCCCAUCAUGAAAGUGCAGGCCUGUAGGCAGUAUGGUGCCAACAUCAUCGUCAGAGGCAAGGACAUCGGGGAGUGUCGAGAAAUCGCCCUCAGGAUGUCGAAGGAGCAGGGACUCCUGUACAUUAACGGGUACGACCACCCCCACAUCCUAGCAGGACAGGGAACUAUGGGACUCGAGAUAGUGGAACAGGUGAAGGACAUCGACGCCGUCGUUAUUCCUGUAGGAGGCGGUGGUCUCAUCGCUGGUGUGGCCCUGGCUGUUAAGGCCCUCUACCCGCAUGUGAAAGUUAUUGGUGUGGAAUCUGAAAGGUGCGCCAGCUUCAGCGAGGCCAUGAAAGCUGGCCGACCCGUUUACGUGGCCGCUGAGACCACGCUGGCCGAUGGUCUGGCAGUUCCUCUGGUCGGGGUCAACGCUUUUGCAACUGCUUCCAAGUUAGUCGAUAAGGUUGUUCAAGUCCGCGAGGAGUGGAUCGCUAUCGCCAUCUUGCGGUUGGUGGAGUGCGAAAAGGCGGUGGUCGAAGGCGCAGGCGCAACGGCUUUGGCCGCCAUUUUGGCUGGAGAAUUACCUGAGCUCAAAGGAAAGAGAAUAGUAAUCCCCCUUUGCGGCGGUAACAUCGAUACCACAGUCCUAGGCCGAUGCUUGGAAAGAGGUCUGGCGGCAGAUGGGCGUCUAGUCAAGUUCACAGUCACAGUCAGCGACAGACCAGGAGGAAUCGCUGAACUCACCAGACUUCUGGCAAACUUGGGCGUUUCCAUCAAGGACAUGAUGCACGAGAGAGCUUGGAUUAAGAACGACAUCUUCAGCGUUGAGGUGAAGGUGUUAUGCGAGACCCGAGACAAGGAGCACGCGGAGGAGUUGCGAUCGACACUCCUCCAACGGUAUAGCAUCGUCCGGUUUGGCAAUAUGUCCCCUGCCUCCACAGCUAGCGGUCAACUGUAAAAAUAAAAAAACACGAAUAUUUAUAAAUUUCCUUCCGAUCUCUCUCUCGUCAUUAAUAUAAGAAUAAAGAUAUAAUCAAGAAGUGAUCCAAAGUGAAGGUGAUCGCAGAAACCAGAGACCACGAGCACUCCCUGGAACUUCGCACAGCCUUGGAGUCCCAGUACAGGAGGUUGCGGUUCGCCAACCCAGAUCACAUCCACGACGACUGCUGAAGGAGACAAAGGUGGACAAAGGUUACCAAAAACGUCCUUAGCAUUGUUAGCAGUCGCCUGGGGACACAAACUCUGUAGUAGUCCUUUAUUUUAUUAGCGGUUUAAUUUAUACGUUUUAAACUUGGUAAUUGCAAACGUGUACAUAUUUCUUAGUACUGCAGAUCCUUAAGUUCGUUUUUAUCGGAGAAGGACGCAAUAUAUUUAUUCCUAAAGUAGUUUUAUACAUAAAGAUGUCAGUACCUUAAAAUCUUAAGAACUGUUCACUGAAGUAUAGGUCUUUAUAAACUUGUAAAAAUAGACAGCUCUGAAUGUAAGAAUGUACAGGCAAAAUAUAUUAACGACAUGGCGGCACUUAAAAUCAUGAUGAUAUUAUAUUUUUAACUUGAUCAGAUGAAUGUUCGUGAAUAAAAUAUAUUUUUUGACUUAAAAUGGCGAUGUCUUUAAUAGAUUUUGCCAUCUGUAGGCCUAUAGUGUUUGACAGGGUCUACAGAUUACAUUACCGGAAGGGUUAUAAGUUUCCUUUAUACUUUAUGGAACUAAAGUGCUUUUAAUAUUCUCCUAAGAAUGUCGUAGCUAAAUGACGUACAUGUUCUCUAAGGGCUGGACCACUUGACGCAAUUUGUUAUUGGUUACGAUCUUUUGGGAAUAUUUAAAGUUGUUUUUAGUAAUCAUUUAAAUGAAUGUUUGUGUAGAAACCACUGCAGUCUGUCGUCAAGGGUUGCGUGUAAAAAGUCAGUAUUUUUGUGUAACAGUACUUAUCUCUUAUUUUACGAUGGAAGUUUUUAAUGGUAUAUUAGAGAAUGAAUAUCAAAUUAUGAUACGUUACAGCUCGUUUUCAUCAUGUAUGAAGAAUGUUAGAAAUAAACGAACCCUGCGAGAAUGUGCAAGUCAGGGAAACUUUUGUUUUUUCUCUAUCCAUUUUCGUUAUUGUCAAAGAAACAAUACCGAUUGUUCUUUCAAGGAAACUGUUCCGGCCAUGAAAGCUGUGUUAGGGCUGAAUGGGUGAACGUAGAAUAAAAAGAAAAAAUAAAUAAGGCCAUUUUUUUUAAAACGAAAUUCAGGGUGUUACGAUUAAGUUACUAAGCUUCAAAACAAGGCCUCUCAUAGGAAUUUACGAGACACAAUGUGUAAAUUGUUGUAGUUUUGAUUUUUUUUAGAAU